AUGCCCCAAUGCAUUACCAACCAGCAGCAGCUUCUGGCUACCUUUGGCCUUGGAGAUAGUCCUAUGGGUAACAAGGGAAAGAAGAAAAAGAAGUCCUCUGAUGCUGAUGAUGAUGAUAAAGAUGAUGGGAGUCAUGAUGAACAUGCUGAGCACAGGGCUACAGCUCAUGAAGAGGAGAGGAGGUGCAGGCAGGACUUAUAUAUUGAGGCUUUGGACACUCAAAAGAUCUUGAAUGGUAGGACCAAAGUCAACAUCUUGCAGGCACGCAAUCUCUAUCAGCCUUGGACUCACCAGUCAAAGAUUUCUAGUGACGCCACUGAGGGCACUUUUCAAGGCAUGAGGCUCAUCCAGUUCCACACCUUUGAGUUGUUGAUAAAAUUAGUAGCCUCACACUCCCGUGCCAUGCACCUUAUGGCCUGCAUGGUAAUAGCUGAACAGGCAGUCAUCAAUGCAUAUAGGCCAGAGCUGCUAGAGGAUCUAGCAGGAGAGGCUGCUGUAAUCAGAUUUGCUCUGGAGGAGAAUACUGCCUUAUACCAUGUUGUAUUUCCUGGUGCAAAGAGGCAGACAACACUCACCAACACCAAGGCCUUGAUCCCACAUCUUGUUAAUUUCACAUGGCUGGAUGGGCUGGCAGUCAACCAACAUGUGCUUACCAAAGUAGAGCAUUCCUUUGAUCUAGGCUUUGAGUCAGCUGCACACAAGCAUGAUGUCAUGCGCUCAAGACAGUCCAAUCAAGAGGAUACCACAGGAGCUGUCAAUGUACAAGAGCAACCUCUCCUUAGGCCUGAGGUGCAACGUGCACUUGAAAACUUGGUGAAGUUCUUGAAUGCCAAUGCAUACACACAGUGUCAGUCUUCUAAGUCAAAAAAGCAGGUCUUCCAGAAUGAAGUUCCAUCUUCUGAGACAUUGGCAGCUGCUUACUAG